AUGGCGUCUCCAGGGGGACAGGGAGGAGGGGCAGUGUCUACAAGAGGAGCAGGAGCUAGGAGGAUGAAAUGGGCUCUGGAGUUGAGCUUGGGCAAUGCCAGGUAAGACUAAUGACCUGUGGCUUAGCUGUUCUAGCGGUAAUCCUCUAUCACUAUUGUGCUGACAUUUCAUGAGUCCAGAUCAACAGUUACACAGAUAAACAGGCAUGAAAUGCUUAAAUAACUACCUUGUUAUAACUAAUCUAUAACCUACAGCUUAUGUUAUAACCUCUCCCUCAUGGAUCACCCUCUAACUGUCCUCUCUGUCUUCCAGGGGUCGUGGAGACAGACAGAGUAACCAGGGAGAUGUGAUGUACCCCAUUGGAUACUCAGACAAACCAGUCCCAGACACCAGCAUCCAGGAAACAGACAAAAACCUGGUGGAAAAGGUAGGUCACCAGAAGAGGGUGCAUAGGCACAUUUGAGUCUAUAGGCAGUAGAAAAACAGUAGGAUUUUGCUUUCAUAACAUCAUGAUAUAUUGUUCACAAAGCUCCCUUUGUGUUUUGUACUAUUUCUAUCUUACUAUCUUAAUAUAUUGUUAUUAACUUGCUCUCUUCUCUACCCCCAUCCCCCUUUCUCUCCACCUCCUCCCCCCCCUCCAUAACAGCGUUGUUGGGACGUGGCCCUGGGCCCCCUGAAGCAGAUUCCCAUGAACCUGUUCAUCAUGUACAUGUCUGGUAACACCAUCUCCAUCUUCCCCAUCAUGAUGGUCUGUAUGAUGGCCUGGAGGCCCAUCCAGGCUCUCAUGUCCAUGUCUGCUAGUGAGUAUUUGUUUUACCUUUUCUUUUAGCAGGGAGGCCCAUUGAGACUAAGGUCUCUUUUGCAAGGGAGCUCUGCUCUGCUCACAAUAUUAAUGAAAUGUGUUCAACAGGUACAGACAGUGCACAUCAAUCAACAUUUCAGUUUCCACAUCAAUCAAUGUAUGUGAAAGAGUCAGUUAUCAACAGCGCAAAUGUUCAUCCAUAGUCUCUGGGCAGGUUGAAACAGAUAUAGGACAUCCGCAAUACAUCUGUACAAAUACACAAAAAGGCAAAAGAGUAGCUCUGCCAGUGCCUUGCUCUCUAAUGAGACUACAGCAGUGUUCACCAACCUUUGUCCUGGAGCUCUCCAGAACUUAUAUAUCAUGAUUGAAUUGUAUUUAAUACAAACUUCCUUUUGAUUUAUUUUUGAACCGUUUUCCAUGUAUGAAUCUGUUAUUCAAUGUUUCAUCAAAUAAUUUGUGUAUAUUUUUGAUACCUAAAGAUGUCCUAAAAAUCAAGUCUAAAUGAUCCUUGGUAUUGCUAUCUUAAGCAAUAAGGCCCGAAGGGGUGUGGCAUAUUUAAGCAAUAAUGCCCGAGGGGGUGUGGUAUAUGGCCAGUAUACCACAGCUAAGGGCUGUUCUUAAGCACGAUGCAACGCAGAGUGCCUGGACACAGCCCUUAGCUGUGGUAUAUUGGCCAUAUAUUGCAAACCAUAUAUUAUUCUGUCAUCCACCACAGUUGUUUUCUGUGGUCUUCCAGGCCUUUUGGGGUUCCUGAGCUCACCAGUGCGUUCUUUCUUUUUAAGAAUUUACCACACCUAAUUUGGCCACACCUAAUGUUUUAGCUAUAUCUCUGAUGGGUUUGUUUAGAUUUUUCAGCCUAAUGAUGGCUUGCAUCACUUCGCAGUGACAGUUUUUAGACUUCAUAUUGAGCGAUAACAGCAACAGAUUACAAAUUCAAAUGCCACACUUGAAAUCAACUCUAGACCUUUUAUCUGCUUACUAGUAAAUUAACUAAUGAGGGAAUUACACACACCUGGCCAUGGAACAGCUGAGCAGCCAAUUGUCCAAUUACUCUUGGUCCCUUAAAAAUGGGGGGACCACAUAUAAAAAGUGCUGUAAUUCCUACACCGUUCACCCGAUUUGGAUGUAAAUACCCUCAUAUUCAUUAUUUAAUUUCAAUUCCAAUAUGGAGUGGUAGACAGCUAAAAUAAUAACUUGGUCAAUGUCAUAUUUAUGGACCUGACUGUAAUUAGAGCAGUAAAAAUACAUGUUUUGUCAUAUCCGUGGUAUGCGGUCUGAUAUACCACGGCUUUCAGCCAAUCAGCAUUCAGGGCUCGAAACCACCCUGUUUAUAAUGGCCAAUCUAACACUGCCAAGGGCUGUUCUUAAGCACAACGUAAAGUGGAGUAUAUUGGCCAUAUCACAAACCCCUGAGGUGCCUUAAUGUUAUUAUAAACCGGUUACCAACAUAUAUGACACAAGUAUUCAUGUGUCAUAUCUGUGAUAUAUUGUCUGAUAUACACACAGCUGAAAUACAGUUUCAGCCAAUCAGCAUCCAGGACCCAAACUACCCGGUUUGUAUUAUGUCAUUUAUAAGCAUGUUACCACUGCUCACUCUUGCCCUUUCUCUCUUCAGCAUUCAAGCUGUUGGAGAACUCUAACCAGCAGUGGCUCCAGGGGCUGGUCUAUUCUGUAGGGAACCUGCUGGGCUCGGCAUUGGCUAUCUACAAGUGUCAAUCAAUGGGGCUUCUUCCAACUCACUCUUCUGAUUGGCUCGCUUUCAUAGAACCUCCUCAGGUGAUAAUUUUUUCUAUGCAGUUAUCCGUCCAAUUUCUUGUUCUCUCUUAUGUGUUAUAGGAUGAUUCACUUGUUUUUCAGGUUUAUUUGUCAUGUAUAAUGAAUACAUUGGAAAUCUUACUCACCUGUGCUGUUGUGGUAAAAAAAAGAAGAAGACGAAAAGCAGCAAUGAACAGGAUGACAGAAAAUACAUGAUAAUUUAGGAACAAUCUUCCUUUAUAUGUGUUCAGUGAAAGCAUUACCAUGUUAAUUGAAAUCUUUUGGAACACUCCACAUUAGCUUUCCAAAAUACUUCGAUACACUCUCACAGCUGUAAUACGCUGACUGCAAGUGGCAGGACUUCCCGUUUCUAAUUUUACCUAAUAAAAUAUCCACGUUUCACUACGUUCCGACCACAUAAUGGGGCAACAACGUGAUUAUACUAAUCACGAUAAUUCACAAUGUUCGUCUGCAUAAUUUAAAUCUAGGAUUCAUUUGCAUGAAACAAAGUCCACUUGAUCAAUAGUUAUUGCUCUAGUAUCCUCUGGUGCCAAUGAGAUCUAUAGUGCCACCAACUGGUCUGGUGCAGCCAUCUAAGGCUGCAGUGACUUUAUAUUCACAGAUUCUAAGGACUUAAGGUUCAUAUACCAAAUGUCAUUGCCCCAUGUACAUCGGUUCAGUUCUAGUAGCCAGUUGUUGCCCAUGGUGGAAUUGUCUAACCUGCUAGCUCCUGAAGCCCCCAUGAGCUCCAGAGUCUAGAAGCAGUCUAGCUAACGUUACAAGAAAAUGGCUGCGAUGACUCACGCUAGCUAGCUAACAAGCCCUUAUUUUUUAAGAUAUCAAUGCCAAACAACAUGGUUCAUCAUGGUAAUGUCUGAUGACCCUAAAAAGUUGAAAGUUGAUAGGCCAUUGUGGAGUGGAUUUACAAAGGAUUGAAAUGGACACACCAAUCAAUAACUCAGCCAUCUCUUAACCAAUCCCUUAGCUUUUCUCAAACGACGUUAAGAGAUGUACCAUGGGCCUACAUACCAAAUUGUGUUCUUUGGACUUAUGGUUCAUGAUGAUAAUAUUUUCCAAAAUGACAAGAUGGAGGAAAAUCUUAGCCUGACGACACACUCAAUUCGUUAUUAGUCUGUACAUUAGUCUGAGACUGCCAUCAUUUAGGGGCAGGAGGGUUGUUGUACAAAACAAAGUCAGCUUUUGACCAUGUCAGCUUUGUUGUGAACCCCUAAAUAUACUCAUACAUACACUAAACAAAAAUAUAAACGCAGCAUGUAAAGUGUUCGUCCAAUGUUUCAUGAGCUGAAAUAAAAUGCGCAAAAAUACAGUGACGAGAUCCUUAGGCCCAUUUCUUUUUUUUUUUGGUAUCUGUGACUAACAGAUGCAUAUCUGUAUUCCCAGUGACGUGAAAUCCAUAGAUUAGGGCCUAAUGAAUUCAUUUCAAUUGACUGAUUUCCUCAUAUGAACUAUAACUCAGUAAAAUCAAUGAAAUUGUUGCAUGUUGAGUUUUAUCUUUGUUCAAUAUACAUACAACAACCAUAAGCCUAAUAUGCAUAAAAUGGUACAAUGUGUGUUCCUGUUGUAAUGGGUAGUACAAAUAUAUAAACUUUGACAUCUUUCUGUUCUCUGCAGAGGAUGGAGAUCAUGGGUGGAGGGAUGGUAUUGUGA